UGUGUGAGUUCUCUUGUAUAUAAAGGUUAUUGUAAAACUAAUGUUAAAAUAUAUUACCACUGAAAAAACUAUAAACAAUGUCAGACCAUGGGAAUAAAACUCUGCAUGGAGCAGGAGACAGUGCAGCUAUUACAAUAAAUCGACCAAGACUAUCUGAGGAACCUUCUCCAGAGCAUAAAACUCCAGUUGGAUCGCCUACUCAACAGCAUUUAUUUGUGGUGCCAAGCCCCUUGGUAACACGAAGGGAACGUACAUAUUCAGCAUCACGACGUGCAACAGAAGGUCCAAUAAAAAGAGGAACAUGCAAAUAUUUUUCUCGUUCCAAAGGUCAUGGGUUUAUAUCUCCAGCAGAUGGAGGUGAUCCAUUAUUCAUGCAUAUAUCUGAUAUUGAAGGAGACUAUUGCCCUUUGCAAGGAGAUCAGUUGUCUUACAAGUUGACCCCUUCACCUCCAAAAUUUGACAAGUUUCAAGCUGUGGAGGUUCGCAUUAUUGCAAUGGAUAAAUGUACCGGGAAGACGCACCAAAGGUGGGAAGAUGCAACUUCAUGAACUUCGAAGCAGCAAUGUGCAGAAUGAUUUUCUGCUAUGUAUGAUGCUAGUCAAAAGACAGCAUUAACAUUGAAUUAGUAAUGUCAAACUGAAAGCAUUGAGCACCAAUAUAAUAUUAUAAUACUUCACGUCACAAAACCAAAGUGUUGUGUCUGUAUUGCUGUAUUGGUAAAUGAUUAUAUUUUUUUCAUAACAUGUAUACCUUCCAGGCCAAAAACAAAUUAUUUUGUUUGGUAACCUAAUUUCAUUCAAUAGCUUUAGCCUUGAUAAAAAUUGGCUGUUAUGACAAACGUUCUGGCAAAGAAGUGGGACAGUAUAAUUUGAAUAUUUUCAAAUCCCUUUUAUUAGACAAAAUUUUUUGCUCGGACUAAAGUGGCUAAAAUUAUUGGAUGAUAUGCACAUCACGAGUUUACACGGUUAAUGUUUGGCCAUUUGAAACAAAUUAUGGACUUCUGUGAAAGAGUGAUUGCAGGAUAGCAGCUGCUUGUCAUUACAAUAAUGAGCCUGUUUAGAGUGGGUAAAUUGAAAAUAUUAUUUCGGACCGGAGUAGAUUUAUUUACAUUAUUCAAAUUAUACUAAAGGCGGUGAUUUGAAUCAAUUUAUCUAGUUAUUUUUUUUUAUAUGAUUUGCAAUACUGGAUGUCCCGUGUUCUAUCAAAUUCAAUGUGUUGUCAAUCAGCUGCUGUAUAGGCUACUUUAUUUAUGCUAUGCCUUAGUAAUAGUAAGUAAUUCAGUGUAAAUAACUACCAGUAAAUGACCAAAGGGUUGUUUGAUCAUUUCAAUUUUGUGGAACUAUUAAACUUACCAUAAUUGCAUAUAAAACAUGGUGACAUGUUACUAUGAUCAAUGUGUCACAAUAUAUUCGGUCAUUUCCUGUUGUUUUAUUUAGUGCUGUAAAACAUAUUGAUUAGCCGCCAGUCCCUUUUUCGUGUAUUACGAUACGGAAAUAAUCUUACAACUUACAAGAUUCAUUAAUUGCUAAGCCAUAACUCGUGUGGAAGGAAUAUCAGAAGAGUGUAUCAUGACUGUCUUAUAUUGGAAUAUUCUGCUAUAGUAUCAUUUGUGUUUUCAAAGGAGUUACUUAGUAGAGGGAAUAAUAGUAGAAUUCAAUAUUGUUGCAUUUCUCUUGACCAAAACUGGUCCUGUAUUUGAUAAAAAAUUAUUAGUUUUAGGAGUGAUUUAGGAUAGUUACAUUGGAAGAUUAUCAUUAUAAUAAGUAAUUGAAUGUUCAUAGGACCAAAUUUUUAUCUUCCAUGCAUUACCAACCAACAUUAAAUAAACUCCUGUCAACUUUUAUGUGUGCUUUUUCAAACAUGACUCAAUUUGGAGUAUAUUUUAUAUUUAAAAAUAUUAUUUAGAAUGUAUUCGGAAUGGUAGAUUAUUCCAUUUCGACCAUUCUUGGUAAGAUGUCAAAUUUUAUUUCGUUAACUUAAUGUAGAUGUGGAUAGCAAUACCUUGUUCUAUCAUAGUCAGUACUUUUGUCAUAACAUCUGGUUUCAGUUUAGCUCAUAGAGUGUUAUAAUUUGUUAGCUAUGCUAUCAGUAGUCAUUAUAAUCAAAUUUCACUAAACCUCAGAAUAUAUGUAUGUAAAUUCAAAGUGCAAUCUAUUGUGCAAAUUUCAACCGUUACUCAGAACAUUGUAUAUUAUCAGCUUGAGGUUGGAACCUAUUAUUAAAAUCAUAAAGAGUUGAUGCAACUUGGAACUAUUGGCCUGGCUGGUGUUCAUUUUUAUUUGAACAAGGCUUUGAACAAACAGCAAAAAGCAUCAACCUAUUUCAUCACCUUUUCCCUGCUCAAAUACUAUAUAAAAUGAUAAAUUUCAAUGUUCAAUCCUGAUGGGUCAGCAUGUAAUACACCUCUGAUGCCCACCUGUGAUGGUUAUAUGUACACAUAUUAUUGUAUCAUUACAAAGAUCUCUCAUUGAUAAUAAUAAUUGUAGUAUGUAACUCCUAUACUGGUGCAUAGUAUUUUUAAUUGCAUAAUUGUAAUGAUAAUAUUAAAUUCUGUUGACUUUUCUCUUUUGUUAGA